AGUUUUCCCGCGACGGUUCUUUAGAUAACUCCACAUUGUGAAGUCAGUGCAAAAUCAUUCCCAUUGCGACAAAAUUCUUUUAUGAUCAACGAACGUAUUGGUUGAUUCUUUUAUGAGAAAAAACUUUGUGCAAAGCUAAGACUUACCUCAAUUGUUUAUCAUUAAUGAUUGCAAAUCGUCUGUGCUGUGAGGAUUGAGGCAAAUUACACAAAUGGAGCACUAAUGAAAGUAUCCAUUAGAGAUAAUGAAGGAAAUUUAUGCAGCAGGAUAUUUGAGGGCUGACAAUGAAUAUGAAAUAAGAUGGAGUGGAGGAUACCAGGAAGAUUCUUAAUGAAUACAAUAAGAAUCAGAUAAUUAUAUUAUUGGUCACACUUCUGCGUGCGCCCAGAAUUAGUGAAAUAUGGGAUCAGAAGGACUAUUACACGAGUUAUUUGGCAUUAAUAAGUCAAAGCCAAAUUAUGUCUUAGAUAAGACAAUUGCUGAUAUAUAUGCUACAAGUUAUCCAUAUCUAAAUGAAGAUUUUAUUGGCCAAUACAGCAUCAAUAGGACAUUUUUUGCGAAUGGCGACCUUCGUAAAUUCUACAAUGAGACUGAGGAUUGUUCCAGUGGUUACAAUUCACACGACACCAUACUAUCUAGCUCAUACUUCCAAACCAUGGUGUAUUUCUUAUAUAUCAGCAUCCUCCUAAUGGCCCUAAUAGGGAACGGCAUUGUUUGCUUCAUUGUACAGUCAUCACCAAGGAUGAAAACCGUCACCAAUUACUUUUUAUUCAAUUUGGCAUUAGGUGAUAUCCUCAUGUCCGUAUUUUGUGUGCCAUUCUCGUUUGUACCCACAAUUCUCCUGCAAUUUUGGCCAUUCGGAACUGUGCUCUGUCAUUUAGUUAAUUACUCGCAAGCCAUUUCCGUUUUAGUCAGCGCAUAUACACUCGUUGCGAUCAGCGUGGAUCGAUAUAUCGUCAUUAUGUGGCCACUGAGACCGAGAAUAACAAAGAGAUAUGCAAAAUGCAUUAUUGGGGUGGUGUGGGUAAUCGCUCUUGUUACCGCCUUUCCAAUUAUCAUUGUCUCUAAGCUGUAUCAGCCGGAAGGAUGGCAUCAAAAGUGUGACAAAUAUAUAUGUCGUGAAGACUGGAGUGAAGAUAGUCAGUAUUUCUACUACACGUUAGCUUUAAUGACAUUACAAUUUGUAAUUCCCAUUUUCGUCCUUUGCUUCACAUACAUUCGUAUUGCUAUUGCUGUUUGGGGUAAACGACCACCCGGAGAGGCAGAAAAUUCCAGAGAUCAAAAGAUGGCACGUUCUAAACGAAAGAUGAUCAAAAUGAUGGUAACAGUCGUUAUAGUGUUUACAGUGUGUUGGCUUCCCUUCAAUAUUUUAGGGCUACUCCUCUACGAUGAGAAAGUCCAAUCGUGGCAUUUACUCCCUUAUUUCUGGUUCGGAUGUCACUGGCUGGCUAUGGCCCACAGCUGCUGUAACCCCAUUAUUUAUUGCUACAUGAACGAGAGGUUCCGGCUGGGCUUCAUCAAGGUUCUCCACGAUAUUCCCCUAAUUAGGCGCUGUUGGUGUGUCCGACAGUGCGUCCGGGGACGUGGUGGUAGCAUCGGGGUUGGCGGUCUAGCUCUCACUGGUGAGAUGAUCGACAAUUUAAAUGGAACCGGUGGUGGUCUCACGAGGAAGACCCGUAUCCGCUUUAGGAAUCGACGAAACCUCACAGCUACAGCGUGUCAACACUUGCACAACAUACAUCAGUUCGAGGAGGAAGGCUGUCGGCAAAACACCAAUAUUGCCGACACCCUGUUCAUGUGCGGAGACAACACUACUUCGGUGAUCCGAGAGGGUGCUCGGUGAUAAUAGUCAGGAAUAAAUAUACCUUUAAUACUGCUAUUUAGAAAUAGGUAAAAUAAAAAAAAUAGUGGUACAUUAAGAUAUAAAAUUAUACAAUAUUACAUUGAAUUCCCGAAAAUAACGUCUUUUUGGGGAAAAUAUUAUUAAAAUGAUUUGAAAAUCAUUCACUAAAAUUUGUUUCAAAAAUGCAUAAAAAAUUAUAAAAUAUACAUUUCCCCAAAAUAGAAUAAAUAUUACCAAAUUAUGGAUUUUUUAUAUCAUGUAAUUUAAGAAAAAAGAAACUUUUUUAAUUAAGAAAAACACAAAAAAUCUGUGAAAAUUAAGAAAAUCAGUAACGGAUAUUUUUUGAAUGGCAAUUUGUGAAACAUGGUGAGAAAGGCAUAAAAGAAACUUGAAAUCUGCAAUAUCGACUUCAAGGUGUCACAACCGAAAUUCUGCUAUUCAAUACAUUUGAAAUUUCCAUUAAUUCAGCGAUACUUCGCCGGCGUAAGUUUUUAAUAUGUCUAAUUAAUUAAUUUAAAUUAGCAUAUAGUGACCGUUGUACAUAUCUGGGCUGUUCAUUCCCUAAAAUAUUAUUGUUAGAUAUUUUUAUGUAUACCCAGAGGGUGAUCCAAAAUAGUACCUUCCUGUUUGAAAAUAUAUUAUCACAGUCUAAAAUAGAGCUUCAAUGUCAAAAUAAAGCAAUUAAAGAGUUAAA